UCGAGUACAUGAUCCUGGCCACCAUCAUUGCCAACUGCAUCGUCCUGGCCCUGGAGCAGCACCUCCCAGAUGACGACAAGACACCCAUGUCUGAGCGGCUGGAUGACACAGAACCAUACUUCAUCGGAAUCUUCUGUUUCGAGGCUGGAAUUAAGAUCGUGGCUCUCGGCUUUGCCUUCCACAAAGGCUCCUACCUGAGAAACGGCUGGAACGUCAUGGACUUUGUCGUGGUGCUAACAGGCAUCUUGGCCACCGUCGGGACGGAGUUUGACCUACGGACACUGAGGGCGGUUCGUGUGCUGCGGCCACUCAAGCUGGUGUCUGGAAUCCCAAGUUUACAAGUCGUCCUGAAGUCAAUCAUGAAGGCGAUGAUCCCUCUGCUGCAGAUCGGCCUACUCCUGUUUUUUGCAAUCCUUAUUUUUGCAAUCAUAGGGUUAGAAUUUUAUAUGGGAAAAUUUCAUACCACCUGCUUUGAAGAGGGGACAGACGACAUCCAGAGUGAGUCGCCAGCUCCGUGUGGGACAGAGGAGCCCGCCCGCACCUGCCCCAACGGGACCAAAUGUCAGCCGUACUGGGAAGGGCCCAACAACGGCAUCACUCAGUUCGACAACAUCCUGUUCGCUGUGCUCACUGUUUUCCAGUGCAUCACCAUGGAAGGCUGGACUGAUCUCCUCUACAAUGUAAGCGCUGCUGGAGCAAACAGGCGGCAUGGGGAGGGGAGCCCUGAGUUGAGCUCAACACCCUCUCUGGCAGCGUGAGUCCAGGCCUUUAGAAAUUCCUGAGCCGUGGAAAUCUAGAUAAUAUGGAGAGUACUUAAUGGCGCCUUGGCCAGCGGGUGUUAAAUAUGCUUUCUGUGUGUAAGCCUGAACUCAGCAUGAGUGGGACCUUCCUGCCUGGGCAAUGCCAUCCAGCGCCGGGCAUCCCUUCCCUUGACAUAUGGAGUACAUGGGACCCAGGGGGUGACUGUGAGGAAGUUGGUGUCCAUGCUAAAUUACCUGGAAUCCCAAAUUCUCAAUCUAAACCCAAAUCCAUGCAUUUCUAUGAGAUCCUUCCAUGUGUGUUAAAGUCUCCCCUUUCUCCAGUAGGCAGUCACCAGCACAAAUGUGGCUGGAACGUGGGCACACACACAGUGGACUUUCCAC